UGAAUGUUGUCUUCAAAUGAGUGUUAGACGAAUGAAAAUUAAAAUUCGAAAAGGAAAAGUUGAAAGUAACAUGAAUUAUUGUCGGAGGACCGUGAAAACGACUUGGAGAAAACUCGAAUUAUUACUAAAUUAUAGUGGAGCCUUAUUUAUCGAAGAAUUGCUGGAACAUCACUUUAACGAGAAUCAAAAUAAUAUUAAACGUAAAUUAAAAUAUAAAACUUCUUCAAGUACGGAUAUAAAAUGGUCUGUGUGUAAUCACUUCUUUGUAAAAACAGCUAGUCCAGUUUUAGAUUAUCUGUACGGAAACUACAGAAGAGAGAAAACUAUUAACGAAGAAUUAAUCGAUUAUAUGAAGAAAGCUAUGGAAGAAAUGAUAGAGCAAUCGACAUGGUUAGAUAAACCAACGAAAGAAGCAGUUCAAGAUAAAUUAAAUCAUAUGAUGGCAUUCUUAAGUUUUCCACCUUGGACACGAGACUUAGAAGAAGUAGAAAAGUAUUUUGAAGAACUUCCUGAAAUGACCGACAUAUCUUUCGAAAACAUGUUAAAUUUACGGCGUUUUGCUUUUAAGAAAAGUACUGAUUUAUAUCGACAAACAAACGAUAGAUCUAAAUGGCCACAAAUAGCGCAAGCGGGAGGAACACAAGUAAAUGCAUUCUACGUUCCAGAUUUCAACGCUGUGGUAAUUCCAGCCGGAAUACAACAGUUACCAUUUUACAAUGCGGAACGAUCCAAAUUUAUGAAUUUUGGAGGAAUGGGACUCGUUUAUGGUCACGAAAUGACUCACGGACUUGAUGAAUCAGGAAGUUUAAGAGAUAAAUAUGGAAAUCUGAAAAAUUGGUGGACAGAGAAAUCCAAAAAAGAAUUCAAGGAUAGAUCUAAAUGUUUCAUCGAACAAUACAACUCAUAUUCCUACGAAGGCCUUGACGUAAAUGUUGAUGGAAAGAGAACUUUAUCUGAAAAUAUAGCUGAUAAUGGCGGAAUACGUCAAGCUUAUUUGGGUUAUCAAAAAUGGGUGAAGGAUCAUGGCAAAGAGAAACGUCUUCCUGGUUUAGAAAAGUAUAGCCCGGAGCAACUGUUCUUUAUAUCUUUUGCUGGAUCGUGGUGUUCUAGCUUUCCAUCGUGGGUGGAUGCUUACAUUUACAAAGAUAAUGAACAUUCUGCAGAAAAGUUCAGGGUGAUCGGUAGCUUAUCCAAUAUGAAAGAGUUUUCUGAAGCUUUCAAUUGUGAAUCGGGAUCGAAAAUGAAUCCCAAAGAGAAAUGUAUCAUAUGGUGAGAGUACGACAUUCGUUUAUAAGCAUCUUCAUUGAUGAUGCCGUUGAAAAUUAAGAAUUAAUUGAUAUCUGUAUGUAAUUAUUUUUACCUGGCGAAAUUCCAAUUUAAUUCUGAAUUUUUUCUUAUAACAUAUCAUUUUUCCGAGUGUUAUUUUGUGUACAGA